GGGCGGGGGUUGGACUUCCUGGAGUGGGGACUUGUCAACAGGCGGCAGGUCUGGCCUGACUCAGGCCGGGCGGUGGGGACCGGGGGGCGCCCCCAGGGCAGAGAAUAAAGAACCCAGCGCCCCCCUCCCCGACUUGCCCCCCUUCUCCCGGAUCCUGCCCCCCUGGGGUACCCCACUCCCUGCCCCAACUUCAGGGAACUUUGCAGCCCCACCCCCUCCACGGUGGGGGGCCGGGAUGCCUGAAGCCCCCCAGAACUGCCCUGUGACCUUUGACCUGCAGGUGAGCUAGAAUCGGGGGUCACCGGUGCCCCCCUUUGCGGCACGUGCCCGUGGGGAUGUCACUGCCUGCGGCUCCGUCCCUGGCCGGAGACCCCAGCGCGGGCCCGGCGCGAGCCCGGCCCCGGUGAGUGGGCGCCGGCGCGGGGACCAUGAGCGGCGCCAGGAAGAAGAGCAGCUUCCAGAUCACCAGCAUCACCAGCGAGUUCGAGCCCCUGGCGGUGCCGCCCGGCAUGGAGCCGCCGGAGGACGUGGCCGUGCCGCGGAACGGGCCCCCCGGCGCAGCCUCCCGCUUCCGCCUGGUGAAGCUGGACCAGGGCCCGGGUGAGCCCUACAAACGGGGACGCUGGACAUGCCUGGAGUUCUACGACCAUGACCCCGAGCACCAGGCCGUGGGGCGGCUCCUGAGCACCGCCCGGCACCCGCAGUCCCUCGACUCCCGCCUGGAGCUGGCCGGGCUGGUGCCCAAGCCCCACGGCUACUUCAGCCCCCCUCUGCCACCGCCCUGGGGUGGGCAUGGCCACUCCCAGGGCACAGCCCAUCCCGGCGAGCACCUGCCCCGCUCACUGGGGGGUGGGGAGAGGACACCAGGGGGCGCCGCGCCAGGAGGCAGAGCUCACAGCCAUGGGCCCACCACGGAGCCGAGCCUGGGGGUGGAAGAGCUGCUGCUGCCCCACGGCCUCGCCCAGCGCAUCCGGAGGGAGGUGGAGGAGAGGCACAAGGUGCCACCCCGAGGCUCCCGCCCCUCAUCUCCGGCCCCCCACUUUUUCCGGGAAGGGAGCCCCAUCCGGAAGGGGUCAGACCCCUUUGGAGGCCACCUCAGCCUGGCCCGCUCCAUGUUCGCAAUGGGGGCGCACCAGGACAGCGAUGAUGAAAGCAGCUCGGGCAGCAGCAUGAUCGCCAUCGACAACAAGAUCGAGCAGGCCAUGGACCUGGUGAAGAGCCACCUGAUGUUCGCGGUGCGGGAGGAGGUGGAGGUGCUGCGGGAGCAGAUCAAGGAGCUGGCCGAGCGCAACGCGGCCCUGGAGUGGGAGAACGGGCUCCUGCGCUCCCUGGCCAGCCCCGAGCAGCUGGCCCAGCUCCGCCGCCCCACGGCCUGACCCCCACCGGGGCCACGCGCGCUACGAUCCCGCACAUGUGAAGGGGCCUGGCCGGACAGGGGGGGCUACUGACACAGCACGUGCCUUGGGGGAGGGGAUGGAGCCAGGACUCCUGGGUUCAGUUCUCAGCUCUGACAGGGGACAGCGAACU